GUCAACGAUGAUACAAUUUUAUCAUUAAUUUGAUGUAUGCUUCAUUUAGGUAGUAUUGAUAAAAACAGUCAUCCUCGUGGGAAUUACAUUAGUGUUUUGAACAAUCGAAUAUAGUGCCACUAGUGUAUAAGUACCAGAUAAGUACUAAUAACUUGUUCAACUCAACAUGGCUUUGAAAUACUUUUUCGAUCCCCUCUCACAACCAUCCAGAGCUGUGUACAUUCUGUUAAAAGUUGCUAAUAUUCCAUUUGAACCAUGCACAGUGAAAAUAAUUGCAGAUGUACAAUCUGCCUUAUAAAUAUUACCAACGUAUUUGAACCACCAUGAAUAGCUCGCUCGAAUAACGGGAUGUUAUUGAUGAACUUUAUAUGUUGCGACUUGAAAAAUGUUUCCAUGAUUGUGGCAAAUAUAUGUUUUCCAGGUGAGCAUAUAACAGAAGAAUUUAAAGAAAAGUACUCAAAGUUUCAAACAUUGCCAUUUAUACAUCACGAUGGUUUUAAACUGAAUGAAAGUGUGGCAAUAGUUAGAUAUUUGACCAGGCAGUUCAAAAUACCAGAUCACUGGUACCCAGAGGACAGGAAAACUCAGGCAAAAAUUGACGAGUACCUAGAAUGGCACCAUUUAGGGUUACGGCGUCACUGCAUCAUCCACAUUUGGACAAGUUUUAUUUUACCUAUGAUGACCGGUAGAACUCCGUCUGAAUCAGCUACACAGACAACUAAGAAAAACAUGAUAAAAUCUCUUGGAGAUUUCCAAAGACUGUUCAUGUCGGAAGAUAAAAAGUAUAUUGUUGGAGACCAGAUAUCAUUUGCUGACCUACAAGCAGCUUGUGAAGUUGAUCAACUCAGAAUGGUCAGCUACGAGAUACAAGCAGAAAACUUUCCCAAAAUCAAAGUAUGGUUAGAGAAUGUACGAAAAGAGUGCUCGCCACACUACCAAGAGCUUCAAAAGGAAGUGGAUGAGCUGACGGAUGUUUAUCAGCAAACUACUAAGUCAAAAUUGUGAUUUUUUUCUUGUAGCUAUAAUUUCUCUUACCAAUGAUAAAAUAAUUUCUAACCCUCUAUGGCCAACUGGUUUUGUGGGAUGUCCACCAAUUAAUUAGCGAACUAUAGUUAUCACGAUGAUUAUAUGCUGGUUGCCUGUGAUUCAGACUUUUUAUCAGCAAUGCAAUAUGAUGGCCAACAAAAUAGCUCAGCUGGUGGGAACUGCACAUAUAGUCACACGCAUCUUAUAGAGACAUUCAACUUGUAAUAGGGGAUUUUGAUAUCAAGCAUAAUAAAGGUUGUGUCACAAAAAAUGAUUUUUCAAAAUGCUUCGAGUACUGGAAAAAAACGUUAUCACAAGUAUAUAAUGUCUGAUGGGGAUUACUUUGAAGGGGACAAAAAUAGAUAUUCAUGAAUAAAUAAUUCUUGAAAAAACAUGAAAUUCGCGAUACUUUUUGAACAAACCUUGUAAACGUAUUAUAUGACAUUGUAAGACUACUUUUAUAUUCAGUAGUACUAAUUCAAUGUAUAGAUAUACUCGUAUAAUAUAAAAUGAACGAUUCCAUAAUAAAACCAUAAACCUGAC